AUGGCCUCCGCCGCCCUCCUCCUCAACGGCCUGACCCCCCUCCGCCACAGCCGCUACGCGGACAUCCCCCACAGCAUCGACAUCCCCGUGUCCGCCGGCGACGAGGACGACGAUGACGAGACGGCCGUGGUCGAGGUGGACCCCAACGGGCUGCCCGACGACCCCACGGAGCUGUGCACGCUGCUCGAGAACGAGCGCAGCCCCAGGCAGUUCUGGAUGUACAUUGCGCUGGCCUAUGCGAAGCACGAGCGGGUCGACAUCGCGAUCGAGAUCAUGACGAAGGGGCUGCAGGCCCGCGCGGGCGACGCGGCUGAGAAGCUGCCGAUGCUGAACCUGCUCACGUGGCUGUAUCUGCAGCGGAGUAGGGAGGCGGCGAGGAAUGUGCCUGAGGGGGCGAUAGCCUCAGAGGCAAAGACAAAGGACUACUAUCUCCAGCUCGCAACCCAAGCGCUCAACGAGUCCUCCCGCCUCGACCCCUCAUCCGUGAUCUCCGGCCUCGCCCGUGGUGUCUACUCAGUCUUCAAGGCGUCCGUCUCCACAUCCACCGAGAAGGGCCACCACCUCGACACCGCCACCAAGAUCUUCGACGAUGCCAUCCGGAACUCGCGGUCCGGCAACAUGCUCGCCACAAUGGGCAAGGCUAGAGUUUUCUACGCACGCAGGCGAUUCGACAAGGCUCUUGAAUGCUACCAGGAAGUGCUUCUAAAGAGACCUGAUAUGGACCCGGACCCAAGGCUCGGGAUCGGUCUCUGCUUUUGGAAUCUCGGGCACAAGGACGAUGCCGCCAUCGCCUGGGAGCGGGCACUGGAGCUGGACCCGACGUCGAAGGUGGCGCAUAUCCUGCUGGCGUUGUACCACCUCAGCGUCACCGCCGCCACGCCCGAGUAUGAUCCGAAGUUCAUGGAGAACUACCGCCAGGUCAUUGACCACACGCAGAAGGCGUACAAGAUCGACAAGAACUUCCCCAUGGCGUGCACAACGUUCUCGAGCCACUUUUUCUCAAAGAAGGGGUACCCGCAGUGUGAGGCGCUGGCCAAGAAGGCCAUUGAGUACAGUGACGUCGCGGCGGUGACGGCGGAUGGGUGGUAUCUUUUGGGGCGUAAGUGGCAUGCAGAGGGCGAUUGGGAGAAGGCAUUGACAUACUACCGCCGGAGCGACAGUCUCCGCGAGGGAUGGCUACCCGCCAAACUAGGGGUUGGGCAGGUUCAGGUCUUGAUGAAAGACAUCUCCUCCGCAAAAUACACCUUCGAGGCCGUCGUCCAAAGCUACCCCAAAUGCCUCGAAGCCAAGACCAUCCUCGGCACCCUCUACGCGCACGAAGUGCUCCAAUCCAUCCCGCGCACCGGCUUCGCCGCCUCCAAAGAAGACGUCACGGACCUUCACCGCCGCGCCAUCGGCCUCCUCGAAAGCGUGCGCGCAGCCUGGAAAGACAAGAAGACCGACCCGACGCGCGAAGCCCUCCUCCUGACGCUCGCGCGCCUCUACGAGAACGACCAGCCCGAGAAGGCGCUCGCCUGCCUGCAGGCCGUGCACGACAUCUACACGCAGCUGCGCGAGACCGACGAGGAGACCAUGGUGCCGCUGCAGCUCCUCAACAACAUGGCCACCUUCCACUGGCACAACGAGAAGUACGACCUGGCGCGGCAGCUCUACCAGACAGCCCUCAGCUCCAUCCCGGAGCUCAAAGAGAAGGACGACAGCGCGGACACGGACGCGCUGGCCACCACGCUCACGUACAACCUUGCGCGGUGCGAGGAGGCCGCGGGGAACCUCGACGAGGCGACGAAGCAGUAUGAGCAGCUGCUGACGCGCCACGACGACUACGUCGACGCCAACAUGCGGCUGGCGUAUAUGGCGCUGCGGCGGGGCGGGGAGGAGGGCCCGAAGCGCAUCCAGAGGCUGAUGCAGAGUGAUGGUAGCAACCUGGAGGUGCGCGCGCUGUACGGGUGGUAUCUCGGCAAGCAGAAGCGCAAGACGGCCAUCAACAUCGCCGAGGACCCCGAGCAGCGCCACUACAAGCACAGCCUGCAGUACCACGACAAGCACGACCGCUACUCGCUCACGGGCAUGGGCAAUCUGUAUCUGCUGACGGCGAGGGAGAUGCGGCGCGACACGGAGGGCGAGAAGGAGAAGCGCAGAAAGACGUAUGAGAAGGCCGUCGAGUUCUUUGAUAAGGCGCUGCAGCUGGACCCGAAGAAUGCGUAUGCGGCGCAGGGCGUGGCCAUCGCGAUGGUCGAGGACCGCAAGGACCUGAAGAGCGCCGUGCAGGUGUUUACGAAGGUGAAGGAGACGCUGGCGAGGGAUGCGCAUGCGUUGGUGAACUUGGGGCAUUGUCUGGCGGGGCUGGAGCAGUGGGGGAGGGCCAUUGAGAAUUACGAGACGGCGCUCACAAAGUUCCAGCACGGCAAGGACCCCACGACGCUGACGUGCCUCGGCCGCGUGUGGUUCGCAAAGGGCAAGAAGGAGCGCGAGUCGGAGCCCGAGAAGUCGCUCGAGAGCUUCAAGAAUGCGCUGGACUAUGCGAAGCGGGCACUGGCAAUUGCGCUGGACAAUGUCAUGUUCAUGUUCAACGUCGCCUUCGUGCAGUUCCAGAUUGUGCAGUUCUCGAUCAAUCUGCCGGAGACGCUGCGGACGCUGGAGGAUCUGGAGGCGGCGAGUAAAGGGCUGGAUGAGGCGAUUCAGAUGUUCACCGACGUCGCGCACUCCAAAAACCCCCCCUACCCCGCCCCCGAGAUCGAAGCCCGCUCCACCAUGGGCCGCAACACGCUGCGCAAGCAGAUGGAGCGCGCGCUCCAAAAGCAGCGCGAAUACGAAGAAAAGAACGCCUCCAAGCUCGCCGAGGCCCGGCGCAAACGCGACGAAGACCUCGCCCGCCGCCAAGCCGCCGCCGACGCCCUCCGCCGCGACGAAGAGGAGCGCAAGCGCGCCAUCGCCGAGCAGCGCCGCAAGAUGCAGGAGGAGGCGCGCGAAUACGCCGAGCGCAAGGCCGCCGAGGAGAUGGCGCGCGACGACGGCGACUUUGACGGCGACGGCGAGAAGCGCAAGAAGCGCGGCGGCGGCGGCGCAGGCGGGAGUAGGUCUGGCCGUGGCGGCGGCGGGGGCGGGGGCGGCGGUGCGGGUGGCGGAGGCGGGAGGAGUAAGCGGAAGCAGAAGGAUGAGACGGUCGGCUCGGACACGGAGUCGGAUGCGGCCGGGGCGGCGAAGGCGCGCAGGAAUCGCAGUAAGAGCGCCAUCACGGACGACGACGGCGAGAAGCCGCCGGCGAAGAAGAGGAAGAAGCUUACGCGCCGGCGCGCGGCGAGCCCCGGCGCGGGCGGCCGCGGCAAGUUUAAGUCCAGCGAGGUUGUCAACAGCAGCGAUGACGACGACCUCGACGACCUUGUUGUUCCUGCUGACAAGGCGGCGGCCACGACCACUGCUGCGGCGGCCGCGGCAAGCGCGGACGAGGGCAGGGGGAAGGCGCAGAGGAAGAGGAAGCCGAGGGCGGCUGUUAGCGACGAUGAGGAGGAGGAGGAUGGGGAUGAUGAUCUCUUUGGGGACGAUGAGGAGAAGGGCGCGAAGGCGGAUGUGGAGAUGCCGGACCGCGCCCCCACGCCAGGGGGUGCGGCGGGCGAUGACGAGGAGGAUUGA